GUUUCCGGGUUGGGCUUAAAGCCGUGUUCCACGCUAUGGGGUUUUGGCGGCGUUUGUUGAGUUUUGGCUGGGUAUCGCUUCGGGGGGGUGGCGGGACAGGUGUCCCGCGUGGGGGAAGCCGAGUGUUGGUUUGUCGGCGCCAGUUAUCUGGUGCUGACAAUGAGACCUUAAAACAAAGAAGAAUGCAAAUCAUGUCCCGAGGACUUCCAAAGCAGAAACCAAUAGAAGGUGUAAAGCAAGUUAUAGUUGUGGCUUCUGGAAAAGGUGGAGUUGGAAAGUCUACUACAGCAGUGAACCUUGCACUUGCACUAGCAGCGAAUGAUUCGUCAAAGGCUGUUGGUUUGCUAGAUGUGGAUGUGUAUGGCCCUUCAAUUCCAAAGAUGAUGAAUUUGAAAGGAAGUCCAGAAUUAUCACAGAGAAAUCUAAUGAGGCCUCUUUUGAAUUAUGGUAUUGCUUGUAUGUCUAUGGGCUUCCUGGUUGAAGAGACUGCACCAGUUGUUUGGAGAGGCCUUAUGGUAAUGUCAGCUAUUGAGAAACUAUUGAGGCAGAGAAGGACAAACAAAGAUCAUGGCACUGGGGAAGAGCAGAGAGUAGAUUGGGGCCAACUCAACUAUUUAGUUGUUGACAUGCCACCAGGAACUGGAGAUGUGCAGUUAUCAGUCACACAGAAUAUUCCCAUUUCAGGUGCUGUGAUUGUCUCUACACCCCAGGACAUUGCACUGAUGGAUGCACGCAAGGGUGCUGAGAUGUUUCGAAAAGUCCAUGUGCCUAUCCUGGGCCUUGUCCAAAAUAUGAGUGUUUUCCAGUGUCCAAAAUGUAAACAUAGGACUCAUAUUUUUGGUGCUGAUGGUGCAAGAAGACUAGCACGGACUCUUGAUCUUGAUGUUCUAGGAGACAUUCCCUUACAUCUUAAUAUAAGGGAAACUUCAGAUACAGGCCAGCCGAUUGUGUUUUCACAACCUGAAAGUGAUGAGGCCAAAGCUUACCUGAGGAUUGCUGCAGAAGUGGUAAAAAGAUUGCCACCACCUCUAGAGUGAGUUCCCCAAGUGGUCUGGAAAUUUGCCUGGUGCUUAACAAUAAGAAGACUUCCGGAAAUCAGCGGUGUGGUGAUGAAACGUACAGGAAUUCUAGCGAUCAUAAUUGUUUUCUUGUAUUUCUAAGGAAAUGAUGUCUUAUUUUCAGAUUUAAUUUGCUAAGCAGUGACUCACAAAUAAAAUUUUUAUAUAUCAAUGCUAACUGCUACAUUUAAGGAAUUUUUCUGAAAGCUAAUGUGUACCAACUGCACAGAACUGCGUUUUAUUUUAAUGAACUACCCCUAGGGGAAUCAUGAGUUUGUGUUAGAAGCCCAGCCUUCCAUUCAGGAAAGAACGGUGCUCUUUUUGUGGGACUACAGAGUUAGUCAUUUAAAAGAUUUACUAAAUUUGUGUGCUGAUAUGACUAUGAUGCUCUCCAUCAGUCAGUUGGGUCUAGAUUUAAAUUUUGCCUUGGGCUAUCUUGGAUACAUUCUUAAUAUAAAUAAACCUCUGUUUCAUCUGGACCAGGCUUUACCCUAGACUUACUAAAUAUAAUCUGCAGGGGUGGACCUGAACAUGUAUUAUUUUUUAACAAGAUUAUAAUGAUUUUGAUGAUCUGAUUAUGAUGGAAAUAGAAUAAUGGGAAACAAUUUAUCAAGUGUUUUCUUGUCAUUAGAGUUAAUCUUCCAUUCAUAUGAGUGAGGUACUAUUGUUAUCUCCACAGUAUAGAGGAGAAAACAGGUAUGGGUGUGUUAAGUGUCUUGCUAAAGGUUACUAUUCCAGCAAGCGAUGGAGCUGGAAUUUCAACUUGGGCAGUGGGAUAUUGGAUCCUUCCUUUUUUACACCAAGGAGCAUAUAUUUAUUUCAAAAGAGAAGUGUAUUCAGCAUUUCCUCAAACUUACUGGACUGUGAAAAUCUCCCUUGUCCCCUUUUAGGAGCAUUUCAUGGAGUUUCUGUUUCAAAUGCUAUGCUUUGAAAAACAUUUAUUUUUCUAAUGGAGGCUCAGAGAAAUUCAGGGGGCUUCCCAAGGUCAGGUAGCAAGAUAGUUACAAAGUUGCAAGUACUGAUAAGAAUCAUUGGUUGAUGAAGAACGAGUCUAUGAUCUUUGGCAAAUACCUUUACAUCUUUUGCUUUGCCUCUGGCUUAAAUAGCCAGAAAAUUAGGCAAAGAGUUACAUGUCAUUAUAAACAUGUUUUCACACACUUAUAUUCACAU